GAUGAUGAUCCACAGAAAAUCAAAAGCCAGCCUCAUUCUCCUCUCGAGUGGCAACAAUGCCUCGAUAUAAAGGUUCGGGGCAAAUAUACUUCUACAAUACAAGAACUAAUAUCAAGAGGGCCACUUUGGAGGGAUAUAAUAGUAAUAGUAAUAGUAAUAAUAAUACAGCAGCUCCACUGAGCUUGGAGCUUGAGCUGAAUCUACGUCCAUGUAAUGAAUCUGUCGGGAAAAAAAAUGACUCAAUUUACAACUCGAAAGAUGGUUUUAAAAAGUCGUCUACGGGUCCCACAGGAAGGCCUUCUUGGUUGGCGUUUGAAGGGAACGAAGAAGAAGAAGAAGAAGAGAUGGUAACAGCAGUUUGCAGAAAGUGUUACAUGUUGGUGAUGAUGUGUAAGUCUACUCCUUCUUGUCCUAACUGCAAAUUCAUGCACCCGACACCGGAGCCUGUGUCUCAUGCCUUCAAUCAUUCAACAACUUGAGGGAUGCUAUAUAUCUAUAUAUAUUAUGUAUGUGUAUAUUAUGUAUCGAUCGUUUGUAAUAAGACGGAGAAUGUGUAGUUGUAUUUUGGUGAUAUUAUUAGAUUUGGAUGGUGUGUAAUGAUUUCAAGUUUAUAACCCUGAGUCAACAUGCACGAGUAA